GGUCUCGGUCCAGGCGGAAGCAGGAAGCGGGCGAGCGGGGAGCGGGCUGGCUGGCAGCUUUCCGGACGCGGCUGCGGAGCAGGGGUGGCGCCGGGCAGAUGGCGGAGAAGUUUGACCACCUGGAGGAGCACCUGGAGAAGUUCGUGGAGAACAUCCGGCAGCUCGGCAUCAUCGUCAGCGACUUCCAGCCCAGCAGCCAGACCGGGCUCAACCAGAAGCUGAACUUCAUCGUCACUGGUUUACAGGACAUAGAUAAGUGCAGACAGCAGCUUCACGACAUCACUGUCCCGCUAGAAGUGUUUGAGUACAUCGAUCAAGGUCGGAACCCCCAGCUCUACACCAAGGAGUGCCUGGAGAGGGCGCUAGCCAAAAACGAGCAAGUUAAAGGCAAAAUCGACACCAUGAAGAAAUUUAAAAGCCUGUUGAUUCAAGAGCUUUCUAAAGUUUUUCCAGAAGACAUGGCGAAGUACCGAAGCAUCCGGGGGGAGGAUCACCCGCCGUCCUAAGUGCGACACCUCAGAUCCUUGUGAUGCUCGGGAUGGAGCCAAUGAGGCCUGUGACUGUCAGCACUAACCCUCCUUGCCCAUGAGGACUGGCCUGGGACUGUGUCCUUCUGACCCAGUGGGUGGCUGAGCUGGCGGAGCCAAGGAGCUGUGACCUCAGAUGGGAGGUCCCAGGUCCUUGGGGAGACAGAACAUGGAACGGUUUUGGAAAUACUAAAUACGAUCGAUUAGUUGAAAGCUGAAAAAAUUCCACUUGAAUUUUUAUAUGUGUUCUUUCUGUUCCAUUCUACUGUGGCAUUAGAAAGCUAAUAAACUGAUUUUGUAUUUUA